UAAAAAAUAAGAGAUUGUGGCAAGUCUACUGCUACUUGUUUGUGUGUGUAUUGUGUGUGGGCCGUGUAUUGUGGUUAAAAAAAGUGAAGAUUUUGACCAUUUUAACGUAUUUCAGACUCAUUGUUUGCAUAAUUCAUAGUUUUUUUACACGUUAACUUAUGAUGGACGGAAUCAGUAAUGCAUAUGAGGUCUCGGGUUUAAGUGGUAGUCAUGUUACAGAGCAGGGAGAUGUAAGCCUGAGAUCUGAAUCAACACCAUCAACAUCUGGUCUGCGUAGAGGUGGCAGAGUUCGCAAGCCAAUCAGAGCAGAGUCACCAGAUAUAGAAGAACCAGUUGCAAAGUCAAAGAAGAGGGGGCCUAAGUCACAAGGAGCUGAAAAACCAAAUAAACCAUUUUCUUGUGAUAAUUGCAAGUCACCAUACAUUGUGAAUCCAAAACGAAGCAUAUCAAAGAAAGACCCAAAGAGAGCUCCAGCCCCUCGCUACAAAGUUGACCCAGAAUCAGGAAAGAAACUGACACUGUGCAAUGCCUGUGGUCUACUUUUUGACCGACAAAAAAAGCGUGGUGCCAAGCCCCCGGUUGCCACAGAGGCAGAUCGCAAGAAAUAUGCAGAGGAAUGUGAAAAAUUCUCGCAAUCUUUGGCAUGUGGGAUGAAUGACCCCGAAGCUGCACGGUUUACGUGUACUGUGUUCCAAUCAAGAGCAUGUGCUUGUCUACAGAAGUAUAUUAUUGGAGAUGGUAAUCCAGAGGAUUGUACAGCACGUACCAAUAACUUACUGGAUUUAUUAAAGCAAGCUAAAGUUCUGCGAUUAAAGAAGUGUUAUAAUCCAGAUGAUGUUGAAGUCAAAGGACGAAAGAAAAUUGGACUUGGCAAUGGGCACAAGAAAUCAAAAGAGUAUGAAGAAUUUGUCCUCAAAAAGAGACAAUAUUUGCGUAAUGAAUUGAAUUUGUGCGAACGAGCUGUACAGAAAGUUUUAUUGUAUUCAAACAACUUUUUACAUCGUCGUUUGAAGACAGAAGAUCAGACUUGGAGGGUUGAGAGAGUUCGUGGAAAGUCAGCAAGGGGCCUUCUUAAGACCAUCGAAGAAAUGCAGAAUGAACGUUGUUGCGAUGACGAAUGUGUACUACUUGCCAAGACUCAUUCAUUCCUGUUGACCAAAUGGAGAGAAAGGGCAACCUCCAGUCAAGCUGAAGCAAGGAAAGUGUUAGCUGAAAUGCUGACGCCAUCUGGUGGAAGAUCAAAUUGCUUCAAUUUCAUUACUAUGGUUACGGGAAGCAGUGCAAGGACAAUUGGGCGGGUCAGAGAACAGAUGCGGGAAACAGGAGGAAAUCGCGAGCCCCCACCACACGGACUAAAAAAGUACUGGAAAAAGCACCCGUACAAUAAGCAACCAAAAAUACCAACGAAAACAACAGAGGCUAGUAGUAGCAGUACUAAGUCAGCUCCAGCAGAUAGCAUAUUGAACGGCACAGACAUAUUGCGCAGUACCAAAGACAUGUCACAGGAAGAGUUGCAGCAACAUCAGUUAAAUUUGGAGAAGAUGCAAGCACAGCUUGAAGAGAAAAAGCGGCGAAUACAACAGCAACAGCAGAUGGUAGAAGAGCAGCUUCACCAGCAUAAACUAGCUGAACAACAGCGACAGAAACAGCAGGAGCAGCAACAGUUGAUAGAACAGCAACACAAGCUUGCUGAGCGACAGAAGGAGCAGCAGCAGCAGAGACAAGCGCAGAUGGUACGGACCAAUCAAACUGAUCCCACCCAGACGGAGUUCAGCACCAGAAUAGCUCAGGAGCUUUUCUCGGAAAUCCAGGGGCAGAUUAUAGGUCAACAGCUGCAUCAGCAAUUGCUUGGCAACCAAACUACAGGACAGGCUGCAGCUCAAGCAAUACAAAAUGCAGCAGCUUUGAACGCAUCCCAUCCCCCUCCAAGUUACAAUGUCGCAGUUGCCUUGAAUUCAACAAAUGCAGCUGGUCAACAAAGCAAUGCAACUGGCUCAAACCAGACACAACAGGCUCUUUAUUUUCAAACAUCAAAUGUGCAACAAACACAGUUGCAGAAUUUAUUUCUUGGAAGUAACUCUCUACACUCCCACCAGCUGCUAGGCACGCAGACCCAGCAAUCGCAGCAUAGUGCCCUCUCGUCUACUAAUCAGCAGAUAUUAGUCUCCUUAGCCCAAAACCUUAACAGUCUAAGCUCCGACCUUAAUGGUGAUGUUAGUCUAUCAGAUCAAAGUUCAUCUGACACAUCGCAUGAUCAGCUUAAUGUAUCAGAUGUGAUGUCACCAGGUAGUAGUGUUAUUCAGCAUUUGACGAGGCCUGGCCUGCACAAUCAAAACAAAACACAGAGGGUCCACCCACUGGUUGGAGAGUCAUCCAAUCAUGAGAUAGCAAUACUAGUUCCUACCAAUGCAAAUAACAAUGGUUCGCAUUCAUCCUCUGAUCAUGCUGGCACAGUUGAAUCUCUACUCUCUUCUGAUGCUUUACAGAUAUUCAGCCUGCAGUCUAUACCAGUGUCUAUCACUAUGCCAACCAUACCAACUCAGUCCUCUUCAUGACAUCAGCAGAUGACAAAGUUAUCUGACCAUUAUUAAUUUUGUAUUAUUUAAACUAUUGUAUAAUAUGCAAGUAUUUAUCAAUGUCCUCAAAAUUAUUUUUUAGCAUGAUCAUAUUUUUCAGAAUUGGAAUGCAAAUAGCUUUAAUUUUAUUUAGUAACAAAUGUUUUAACAUUCCGUAUGUGAUGGUUAUUAGAUGCAACAAGAGGCAGAGUUGCCAUUUUUAUUGAGAUCUUUCAUAGAAUAUUUUUAGUGGAAAAUCAGACAUGGAUGAAGAGCAUAAAUUUAAACCACAGCAUAUUUUGAUGGUUUAAACAUCAUUAUUAAGUGGGAGCAACUGCUGCUAAACACUAAGCUUUUAUGUAGUAAUGACAGAAUAAGUUAAUGCAGUUUUGAGUAAUGGGAAGACAGAAUAAAUGAGGCAACUAAAAUGUUAAUAGUGUUAAAGUAAUAUUAAAAAUUCUUGUGCUGUUUGUUUAAGUUUUCCCAACUAAUGAAGACGGCCUACUUAAUCUUAAGCUAGAUAAUUACUGCUGGCAGAUACUGUAGAGUACAACAAAUAUUAUGCUUGUUCAUGGCUACUGUUUUGGACAGGACAACAUUUACAGCAAAUAAUAACGGUUUCCACCAAUUAUUAUUAAUCUAUUGUCAAAGCUUCCUUUCCAUUUAGUGCCUUAGACUUAUGUAUCUGUUUUGUGUUAUUUAUUUCAAUGACCUGUGAUGUAUUUGCGUCACUGGAUAAUUUUUUUUCCUGUUUGUCGUAGCCAUAAAGGAAUGUCUACACAAAUGUUAUUUAAUAAUAUAUUUUAUUCUUCCUGCUUUCAUAGAAGUUUUAAACAAUCAAAUAGCAAUUUUAGAGCGCUCUUCAUAAUUUAUUCAUCAUUUCAGUGUGUCUAUUUGUCCUAAAUUUGAUGGAAGGUGAAAGUUAUGUAAAUUAUUUUGUAUAUUAAAGUAAUUUUCGCUGUGCAUCAGCUAAA